AGUCCUUGAACUUGGAGCUAAUAAUUUUGCUGGUAAUUUACAACUACGUUUUACAAAUUUACUUAAAAUGAGGCCUUGGUUUAUAUUUUUCAAAGGGUCCUUCUUGAUUGCUUUUAAUACAAAUGGACCAUUAUUUGAACAUUUACGAUAUGUAAAUACUGAAAAUGUUGAACCAUCAUUAGCGAUGGCUGGGCAAAAUAAGUUUACAAAAUUCUCUUUCGCUUAUAUUAAUUUUAGGACGCAUAUAAAUUCUUGGGCCGUGGAAGCUUUCAUAGGACGCAUAUACUAUUUUUGGGACGCAUAUACUUUCAUGGGACGCAUAUACUAUUUUUGGGACGCAUAUACUUUCAUGGGACGCAUAUACUAUUUUUGGGACGCAUAA